UCUCUAUUAUAAAUAUUAUUAUGUAAAAAUGUCGCUUACAUGUGCGACUCGAAGUUUUUUGAGCACAAUAAAAUGCGUCCGGUUAAUGUCAGUAUACCCACAGCAUUUUGUGGAUCCAAUCAUAAACAAAUCUUUGCAAAAAGAGAAGGCACAUGAGCUGUCUCACAUACCAAUAAAACCCGCAUUGAAUGUGUCCACCGAUUCAAUAUUCUAUGGAGAACUAAAGCAGAAAUUUACAAAUUAUAUAUUAAAAGAGGGCAACAGCGCGUUGGCCAGAGAGCUGCUAACCAAAACAUUUGAAAUAAUCAAGCGCACACAGAUUGAACGUCUACAUCUGGCCAAAGGCGAUAAAGGGAGCAUAAUAACCGAUGCCGAAACGCUGCUAAUCAAUGCAAUUGAGAAUACACGGCCUCUUCUGCACUUAUCUGCAAUUAAGAGAGGUGGUGUUAAAUACCAAGUUCCCAUACCAUUGACUGAAAAGAAGUCGUACUUUUUGGCCAUGAAAUGGAUUCUGGAGGCGGCGCGAGAGAAGGAACGCAAAGUGAGCCUGCCAGAGAAACUGGCUUGGGAAAUAUUAGACGCUGCCUGUGGACAGGGCCGUGUUGUGAAACGAAAGGACGACUUGCAUAGGUUAUGUGAAAGCAAUCGCGCUUACGCUCACUACAGAUGGAGCUAAUUGGUGUCGUAAGGAACGCAUGCCGUCAGUUGGACUCAAGAACGCCAGCCGUCUAAACGUAUUUCGUGGUAUCAAUCCGAAAGAUAAGAUUUUCUUUAUAGCAUACAAAUGCACGUGCAAAAUAUUUUACUUUGAAAA